UUGCUUGAAUAUGCGCAGCUGACUAAGGGUCCAAAGGCCUGCUGCGAUCUCACUCGGACUCGUGACUCGUGACUCUGGGCAUCGUACCCAAGCUCGUGAUGGCGAGGGGAUGGUUUACGUAGCUGCUGAAGCUCCCAGAUGCUUCGGAGGGCCUGCUCAAGCCGCAGCUAGACGUGUGGUGAGGUCUUGGAUGACGUCGUGGAUGGCAUGUAGUGUGGUCUCAUGGUCUCAUGCGAGGGGUAAACGCAGGCGUGAGCGCAGCAGCGCAGAGCAGAGCAAGAGAGGGUAACGGUUGCUCCGUCUCCGUCUCAAAGUGGAUGUCCAGCCUAGCCUGCUGGUGGAGGGAGCAAGAUCUCAAGCAGGCCAGAGAACAAUCAGGGCGCUGCAGGUUGAUGAGUCUGAUGAGUCACGAGUCACGGUGUGGUCGAAUUCGGUCAGUGCGCAUGCAAGCUUACCUGCCUUGUCGUGGGCGAGUUCAAGCCACGAGUGGACCACCCGCCAGUGUGCCUGCUAAACCUCCGCUUUGGUACCGCUUGGCCCUCCCCGAUUCGGCGUGUUGGACACCUGCUUGGCCCACAUAUAAAUUCGCCCACACUCUGUGGUCGCACCACUCCUUCCACAUCCACAACUCAUCCGCGUACUGAUCGUCCGAAUUCAGCAACACCUUUUUUUCUCUCUUGGUCAGAUACACGAAGCGACCACAAGCGCAGAGAGGCUUCCUUUCAAAAGAGGUAAUAUCAUCAGCAUCAACGUCGCAGCCAUGUCCUUGUUCAGAGCUUCUGCAGCUACCGCGAGCGCUGC